AUGUCUGACACAUCCAUCUCCCCGUCGGGGUCUGAAAAGGGCCGCCGCUACGAUGACAAGAAGAUCAACCCUACCUCCAAUAUGUUCGACGAGGCUCCCAUCGCCGGCGAGACAAGCGAUGAGUUCCGCGAGGAUGUUGAGCGCGCCAAGGCCCAGGAGGGCGAGCAGAAAUUUCACCGUCUGGGAUGGAGGCGUCUGACCGUUGUCCUCAUCGUCGAGGCCAUUGCUCUCGGAUCUCUCUCUCUGCCCAGUGCUUUUGCGACUCUCGGCAUGGUUGCUGGCGUUCUCUGCUCCGUUGGUCUUGGUUUCCUCGCCAUCUACACAAGUGACCUUGUCGGCAUGGUCAAGAUCAAGUUCCCCGAGGUUGCCCACUACGCUGAUGCUGGUAGACUGGUUGCCGGUCGCUUUGGAUACGAGCUCGUGGGAGCCAUGUUUGCCCUGCAACUGAUUCUGCUUGUUGGCUCUCACUGCUUGACCGGUACCAUUGCCUUGCUCAACAUUUCAGAAAACGCCAUCUGCUCCCUCGCCUUUGGUGCCAUCUCUGCCGUCGUCCUCUUCGUCUUGGCCCUCCCUCCGUCCUUCACCGAGCUUGCCAUUCUUGGUUACAUCGACUUCGUCUCCAUCGUCCUUGCCAUUGGUAUCACCAUGAUUGCCACUGGUAUCAAGGCCAACCACUCCGCCGGUGGACUGUCUGCCGUUGACUGGUCCCCAUGGCCCAAGGAGGACCUGUCCUUUGCCGACGCCUUCAUCGCCAUUACCAACAUUGUCUUCGCCUACAGCUUUUCCAUCUGCCAGUUCUCAUUCAUGGACGAGAUGCACACCCCUACCGAUUACAAGAAAUCCAUCUGGGCUCUUGGCCUCAUCGAGAUUGCCAUCUACACCAUCACCGGUGGCGUCAUCUACGCCUUUGUCGGAGUUGAUGUCAAGUCUCCCGCUCUGCUCUCUGGCGGCCACCUCAUCUCCAAGAUUGCCUUUGGUAUUGGUCUGCCCGUCAUCUUCAUUUCCGGAUCCAUCAACGGCACUGUCGUCGGACGCUUCCUUCACGGACGCAUCUACAAAAACUCCGUCAUCCGAUACGUCAACACUCCUAUGGGAUGGGCGACGUGGACUGGGCUCAUCGCCGUCAUCACUCUCCUCGCUUGGGUCAUUGCCGAGGCCAUUCCCUUCUUCUCCGAUUUGCUGUCCAUCUCAUCGUCGCUUUUCAUCUCCGGCUUCACCUACUACUUCCCUGCUAUUUUCUGGUUCGUGCUCCUCAAGGAGGGAAGCGUCUGGGAGCGCAAGAACUGGGUUCACUUGGGCCUGAGCAGUCUUUCCAUGAUUGUCGGACUUGUUGUGCUGGUCUGCGGAACAUACGCCAGUAUUGUUGAUAUUAUGAACCAAUACGAGGCCAAGACCGUCCGUGGUCCUUUCACCUGCGCGCCUCUUGCGUAA